AUGAUCACAACAAGAAUAUUCACCGCCUACGAAUCCUUUUCUGCAUGCUCGUUAUUGACUGGCCUCUUCUUAUCCUCCCUAUCAAUCUUUAAAACCAAACGCACGUACAAUGCUCCAAGAGACGAUCCACGCGUCAUACGGCAACGGUUUAUGGGCGUUGGACUAUCCUGCAUACUGUCUACCAUAGUGCUGUAUGUUCUGUUUGCUUAUAAGGGUAGAAAGCAAACCUUAUCUCAACUAGCAUGGCUGAUGGGAUUACGCAUAGAUCACCUACUCAUAUCGACAAUCUGUCCCUUGAUCUUGACUGCAUCUUUGUUUCUGGGCCCGUUGGUUGUGAAUGGAGUUGAAGGAAGGCUUCCAUUUCAGAGGAAUUGGACUUGGAGGGGCCACGUGCAGGAUUUUGCUAAAGAUUUGAGGACGUGGAGGACUUAUUUUGUGGGACCAGUUGUCGAAGAAUGGGUGUUUAGAGCAUGUAUGAUACCAGUCAUGUAUGCAGGAGGAUGGUCCAAGUCUGGUAUUAUUCUGAUUACGCCGUUGCUGUUUGGAGCUGGCAAGUUUAUCGGAUGCACGGAAGGACACGAGAGGCCGCUAUUAGAGCCCUACAAGGAGCUCUUGUCUUAUACCACCCUGUUUGGAUGGUAUACCUCCUUCUUGUUUAUGAGAACCGGACACUUGGCUGGUCCAACGGUUUCUCAUGUGUUUUGUAAUAUAAUGGGACUGCCAGAUUUUGGAGCAGCUCUUAGGCCUUCUAGAUACCGAAACGUAUAUGCUGCGUCGUAUUUGCUUGGAAUCACGGGAUUCACUUAUCUAUUGUUUGCUUUCACGACACCAAGUUGGUACGGAGGAGCUUACUGGACAUGA